AUGGCAGAUCUCCACGCUGUGUCUUCCUUCGAAGACGAGAUGGAUCAACCACCGGGCACGUUCAAGCUCAUUCAAGAUAACGAGACUGAUGAGCACGGCCAACGGAUUAUUGUGCUUGACCCAGUACCCUCUUCAGAUCCCAAUGAGCCUCUGAACUGGAGCACAGCCCGCAAAUCUGUGAACUUCACCAUUGUUCUGGCAAUGACUAUUCUCAUCUUCACCGCACUAUCCAUACAAGCCAUCUUCUGGCAGCAGAUGACUACCGAUCUCGAAGUUACCUACACAGAACUCAAUCGAGCAAUGUCAAUCAACUUCGUCGGCCUGGCCACUGGUUGUAUUUUCUUCAUUCCGUUCGCCAAAAAGUAUGGCCGACGACCUGUCUACAUCGUUUCAACAGCAUUGAUGCUUGCAACCUCGUUCUGGGCUUCCAAGAUGCAUACCCUGACCGAGUUGUACAUUGCCAACCUACUACAAGGCUUGGCUGGUGCCACCAACGAGUCAAUUGCCGAGAUAACAAUUGCGGACCUGUACUACGUGCACCACCGAGGAACUAUGAACGGACUAUACAUGACAUGUGUCAUGAUUGGUAGCUUCUUGACGCCCAUGGCAGCCGGAGCCCAAGCUACACGCCACGGCUGGCGCUCCUCUUACGAGACAAUGGGGAUAUUCAACGUUAUCCUCUUCCUGUGUUUCUUGUUCUUGUACGAGGAGACUAAAUACGUCCCUCUGCUUAUCGCACAGACCGGGACCAUCGUAGAAGAAGACGUACAAGACCCAGACACCAAAGACACCAAUUGCACCAAAAAUAUACCCGAUUCCGCCUCAAUAGCCAAAGGUCCAACGGUAAUCGAGCAAGCCCGUUCCCACCACAUCCUGGACCCCACCAUCCCUCGAAACUCAUGGCGAACACGACUCGCCCUCAUAACCCCAACACCAGAGCCCCUCUGGCCGCAUUUCUACCGCCCCUUCGGCGUCCUCAUUUUUCCCGCCGUGGCAUUCGCAGCUCUCCAAUACGCCGCCGGAGUUGUCUGGCUAACCGUUCUAUCUAACGUGCUGGCCCUGACAUUUCCAAUGCCGCCAUAUCUCUUCACGCCCGAGCAAAUCGGGUACUCCAGUGCCGGACCGCUCAUUGGAAACAUUCUAGGAGCCGUAUACGGUGGGUUCCUGGGCGAUCGGUCGAUUCUGUACUACGCCCGUCGGAACAAGGGCUACUAUGAGCCCGAGAUGCGGCUGUAUAUCCUCCACCUACCGGCUGUUUUCAUGGCUGGUGGCCUUAUUAUGUUUGGUGCUACCAUCUCAAGGGGAAUGCACUGGAUCUACCCAAAUGUCGCCGGUGCCUUAUUCGGCUUUGGUCUGGGAAGUAUCAGUGACGCAGCAUUGGUUCUUGUUAUGGAUAGUUACCGGGAGAUCACCGGUGAAGCAUUCACAGCUGUGGCAUUCAUGCGCAAUGCAGUUAGCAUUGGUAUUCCCUUUGCGAUCACGCCCUGGAUCCAACGCAAUGGAAUCCAGAAUAUGUUCAUUGCAUGUGGAAUGAUCAGUCUUGUCGUGACAGCGUCUAUUGUUCCCAUGAUACUGUGGGGUAAGUCUGCUCGUCGUCGACUGGCUCCCCGUUAUCAGAGUAUUGUGGAUGGGCAUGGGCAUGCUGGCCCACAGUGA